GCCCGCCGGGGAGGAAGGAAGGGAAGGGGAGCGGGCUGCGCUGUUGCCCUUUUAAGCGAGCGAGCGGGCGCCGGAGGCCGGUACAAAGGGAGCUCCGCCGUGCCCCGCCGGCUGGGGCUGCCCCGGCCCCGCCAUCUUCCGCCCCGCAGGCGCGGCCGGGGCCAGGGUCGGGCCGGCUGAGUCGGAGGGAGGCGGCGGCAGCGCAGGCCCGGGCCCGGAGAUGAGGCCAGGAUGUCGGUGUCAGGGCUCAAGGCCGAGCUGAAGUUCCUCGAGUCCAUCUUCGACAAGGACCACGAGCGCUUCCGCAUCGUCUCCUGGAAGCUGGACGAGCUCCACUGCCAGUUUGUGCUCCUGCCGCCGCCGCCGGGCUCCAGCCCGCAGCCGCCGCCGCCUCUCACCAUCCACUGCAACAUCACGGAAUCUUACCCCUCUUCAUCACCAAUAUGGUUUGUAGAAUCAGAUGACCCAAACCUGACUUCAGUCUUAGAGCGUUUAGAAGAUAUUAAGAAGAGCAAUACUCUGCUUCUUCAGCAGCUGAAGCGAUUAAUAUGUGACCUCUGCAGAUUAUAUAAUCUUCCUCAGCAUCCAGAUGUUGAAAUGUUAGAUCAGCCAUUGCCAGCUGGACAGAAUGGAACAACAGAAGAAGUUACAUCAGAGGAGGAGGAAGAAGAUGAUAUGGGUGAAGACAUUGAAGAUCUGGAUCACUAUGAUAUGAAGGAGGAGGAACCAGUUGAUGGGAAGAAAUCUGAGGAUGAAGGCAUUGAAAAAGAGAACCUUGCAAUCUUAGAAAAAAUCAGAAAAAAUCAAAGGCAAGAUCACUUAAAUGGUGCAGUCUCUGGGUCAGUUCAGGCUUCAGAUCGACUUAUGAAAGAACUCAGGGAUAUAUAUAGAUCACAGAGUUAUAAAACAGGGAUAUAUUCAGUGGAACUGGUAAAUGACAGCUUGUAUGAAUGGCAUGUUAAGCUUCUCAAGGUUGAUCCUGAUAGCCCACUGCAUAGUGAUCUUCAGGUCUUAAAAGAAAAAGAAGGCGUAGAAUACAUUUUACUCAAUUUCUCUUUUAAGGAUAACUUCCCUUUUGAUCCUCCCUUUGUGCGAGUGGUGUCUCCUGUGCUCACGGGAGGGUAUGUCCUAGGUGGAGGUGCAUUAUGCAUGGAACUUCUUACUAAACAGGGCUGGAGCAGUGCCUACUCAAUAGAAUCAGUCAUCAUGCAGAUCAAUGCCACUUUAGUCAAAGGAAAAGCCAGAGUACAGUUUGGAGCCAAUAAGAAUCAAUAUAAUCUAGCAAGAGCACAGCAGUCCUAUAAGUCACUAGUACAAAUACAUGAGAAAAAUGGCUGGUACACUCCUCCAAAAGAAGAUGGCUAAUGCUGAGGACUGUUGUAUACCUGGACCAAUGUCAACAAAACAAGCUCUUUUUUAUGUUUUCCAACACACAGACUCAAGCUAUGAGUGCCCCUAUAACAGCUGUACUGAGGACUUUAGCUAUUAGAUAAGUUAGUGGAUAAUCUGUCAACUGACACGUACAGUAUAAGUUACAGCCUUACCAUUCCGCUCUUCUUAGGCAUCUGGACUGAGCAGUUUGGGCCUUUACCAUAUUUGUUCUUAUGGAUUAAACAGAUUUGGGCCACGCCCUCCCUUCUCCCUUUUUUUAUUUGAAAGCAUAAACUCUCCCUGCAGCAGGCUAUCAACUUACUAAAGAUCAUACAAUAGGAGUGAGUUGUUCACACACUUCUGUGUAUUUCUUACUUUUUGCAAAAUGCAGACUGCAGAGACUUGCAUUGUAUUGUUUCAUUUAAAGCCAAGAAGUUUAAUACAUUGUUUAAUACUGUUUUAGGAAAUGUCAGGUCUUGCAAAUCACAGUAGUUUUUCUGGUCUAAAAUGACAGCGUUUGUAGUAUUUUCCAAAUUAAUGAUAUAGGAAAAACACAUGUAUGUUAAGUCAUUAAACAUUUUUCAUGGCUGUA